AUGGAUUCAAAGGUUCAAAGAAGAGUUUCUCUCCAACACACGUUUCAACAACUUCGAGAAGUCACAAGAUCUAGUGCUAUAAACAAAGCGUCUAUUAUUGUUGAUGCCUCCAAGUACAUACAAGAAAUGAAGAAAAAAGUUGAGGGACUGAACUCUGAGUUAGGGAUUGUUGAGUCAUCUUCCUCUCAAAUGGAUGAGCUACCUAUGGUGAGUGUGGAAACCCUAGAAAAGGGUUUUCUAAUUAAUGUGCUUUUAGAAAAGAAUAAACCUGGUAUGCUGGUGUCAAUACUUGAAGCUUUUGAAGAUCUGGGACUUGAUGUGCUUGAUGCUAGGGUUUCUUGUGAAGAUAAUUUCCAACUAGAAGCUGUGGGAGGAGAUAGUCACAAGGACGACAGUAUCAACGCGCAAGUGGUGAAGCAAGCAGUGUUGCAAGCAAUCAAGAACACGGACGACUAA